AUGAAAAGAACCAAAGUCAAAAGAAGCUCAUCUUUUCUAGAGCUGAUGGCCCAGCCAACAGUAAAAGGUUCCCAAUUAAUCCUCUAUUUCUCCACUUGCGUUUCCCAUGUUCUCAGAUCAUCUCGAGGCAGAGAUAAAAUUUUAGGUGUGGUGCAGCACCUCUCAGACUUAUAUAAAAAUUGCAUGAUUGAUUAUCUUGCAGAAAAUCGCAUUCGAGAGUGGCCGAUUGGUCAAGCACAAAUAGGACCUCGGGACCCCCACCCCAUAUACAUAGCUUUUUGUAGAAUAUUUAAUAGUUUAAGCCUAAGUGAAGGAACUAAAGUUUUAUACUCUAAACUAUAGCUCAUACCCCUUUAUAGAUCCCUUUAUCGAGCAAAGUGUACUUGACUAUUGAAAGACCAAAAUAGACUCUCUCAAAGAGAUGAGCUCAAUCUCUAUAUCAGAAAGUUCUAGAAAGUGGCAUGCCAAAAAAUAUAGUGGGAAGUGUGAAAAAGUUGGGUAAGCAAAUACGAUUAGACUUAAGAUAAUUAAUCAUUCAUCUCUUUCGUUAAAUUGAUUUAAUAAAAUAAUAUCUACAUGUAGAUUUGACUAUGGAUUAUCUUUGGAUUUACAUAAGUCAAAAUUCUACUGGAGUUUUUUGAUUGAUAUGCUUACUGGAGUUAUAGCACUUGGAGAUCUAUACAACCGUUUACUCAAGAAGUUCCUCCUUUGCAUUCUCAAUUUAAAAGUUCAGGUGCAAUUUCUUCCAUACUGGACUCCAUCUUUAUAAUCGCUUAAAUUGAAACAAAAUUCAAUUUUAUAAUAAAAAAUUUUAUAGAUAAAAAUCAUAAUUUUUAUGUAAAAAGUUUCGGUAUAAGUUAAAUGUUUCUUAUUAACUAAAAUUAAAAAUUUAGUUAUAUCUUGCUCUUUUUUAAAGAAAAGAACAUAAAGAGCAUCUUAUUUAAAUACAUUUAUUAUCUUUAAUUGCUAUAAAAAAUUUUCAACAAAAAAUAUAAUUUAUUGCAUUUAUUUCUUAUCAUGCAUAUGAUGUUAUUUGAAUUUAUUAUUUAGAAACCAAAUGUACGUUUCAAAACGCAGAUUUUAGUGCGCCAAAUUAAUAAUUUAAAUUUCAUAUGAAAAUAGUGUGUAUAACUGCCAUAAGAAAUUAAGCCAAGGGAUUAUAUUUUUUAUUUAAAUAAUUUUGAUAAAAAUUUUUAUGCGAAUUCUUUACAAAAAUUGAAAAUUUACUAUAUUUCUUCUUUAUUUUAGCAAAAGAGUAUAAAUAGCCACUUAAUUAAACAAAAUUAACACUUUGAUCGAUAAAUUUUCUAGAAAUUUAUUAAUCUAAUUCGACACAUUUUUUAAUUUUUUUUAUAAGAAUUUUAUAUUGAAUUUUUUAUAAGAAUUUUAUAUUGAUUUUUUUAUAAAAAAUUUUCUUAACCCUUCUUUUAAAUUGGAACAAAUAUUUGGUCCAAUUUAAAAGAAGGGAGUUAAAUCAAAAAUCCUACGCAGUUUUUGCACGAUAUGCUUACUGAAGUUAUAACACUUGGAGAUCUAUACAACCGUUUAUUCGGGAAGUUCCCCCUUUGCAUUUUCACUUUUGACAAUUUAUUUCAUAAUGGACUCCAUCUUUAUAAUCACUUAAGUCAGGAUCCUACUCGAGUUUUUUGAUUGAUAUGCUUACUGGGGUUAUAGCACUUGAAGAUCUAUACAACCGUUUACUCGGGAAGUUCCCCACUUGCAUUUUUAAACUCAUUUCUAUAAAUUAUCUCAAGCACUUUUUACAUAAACAAAUAAACCAAAAAUAUUUAAAUCUAUUAAAAUUUAUAUGUAGCAUUUAUUAUUAUAAUUAUCAUUAAUUAAGGCCUUAAAAAAUAAGAUUUUUAAUUAUUAAUCAAUUCCAGUCUAAUUGGGUAUGUUAAGUUUUAAAUUAUUUUAUUAAUAAAGCCAUUUUAAAAAUUUGCGUGUUUGCUUACCAACUUUUUUCACACUUGCCACUAUUUUUUGGCAUGCCACUUUCUAGAACUUUCUGAUAUAGAGAUUGAGCUCAUCUCUUUGAGAGAGUCUAUUUUGGUCUUUCAAUAGUCAAGUACACUUUGCUCGAUAAAGGGAUCUAUAAAGGGGUAUGAGCUAUAGUUUAGAGUAUAAAACUUUAGUUCCUUCACUUAGGCUUAAGAAAUUACGCCUUCCAUGAUGGCGAAAGCCGCAGUCCGACAGAAAAACAGGAAGUUCCGAAAUUCGGGGUCACUUAACAAAAUGGUGGCCCCGAAAGGGCCACGGGGUCGGAUGGGGGUGUGGUUUCCGGGGUGGGAGCAGGCUUGGGCUAACUGGGGCCUCUCCUCGACCCACAGACGAAAGACCGACGGCGCAAUACCAAGCAGGUACUUCUGGAGGAGCAUUAUAUUGCCUGUAAAUGGCAGAGGUAGUUCCAGAAGGAGGCAUCGGACGUUUCCCUCAUACCCUGAGCACUACCAGGGGUUAAGAGAGUCUUUGCUGAAGUUUUUUGGUCCAAGCAGGUUCGGGUGAGUCUCCCCGAAAGAUGUCGACGUCACCAUUUUUGAUGACGUCAUCAGAAAAGGGCGUUAGCUGGGAUUAGUGCUUAACGCCACUGGAGCGCGAAGCUAUUCCGUGUAAGGGUAGGGGCUGGAAUAAUCCCCUGGGACCCCCUAUAAUUUAUCUCUCUCUCACUUAGGCUUAAACUAUUAAAUAUUCUACAAAAAGCUAUGUAUAUGGGGUGGGGGUGGGGGUCCCGAGGUCCUAUUUGUGCUGGACCAGCCGAUAAUACUCAGAAAUGCGAAAAUAAUUAAUGAGUCUAUGAAGAAUGGGCGAAAAAUUUUUCGGCUAUUGAGAUGGAUUGAAGAACUAGGAAGCAUUGGGAAAAACACCAAAGGGCCUUAUGACGCUAUUAUUAUCUUAAAAUUAGUCAGGCAUAUAGCUGGGGCGAUCUAUUAUAUACUAGACAACUUGGUCUGAGUUGCACAAAUUGGAGUAAUCUCCAAAGUGAUUACCAAUGCAAACUGGAAAUGGGAAAGUACAAAAGAUGCGGCGUCGUUUGUAAGAUAUAUUUUAUUAUUGAUAAUCAAUUUAUUCUCUGUAAGAAAAAGACGAGCUAAAGAGACAGAACUUAUAGAAGAGCUGGAGAGUGACCCUGGGAGAAUUAUUAAUUAUGAUAACCAUGGGUAUAAGAAAAUGCUAAGCUUGGUGAAAAUUCGGACAAAGCGAAGAUAUCAAGCUCUAGAUAUUAUGAAGAAUUUCUUGCGAAUCUUUAUGCUGAUGAAAUCGCUGAAAUUACCUUUCACGCAAAAUGUGAGUGGGGUGUUUUACAGCAUCUGUGGAAUUACUUCGAGCGCUUUGGCAAUUUUCAAAUUAUUGACUUUGAAAACUCAGAUAAGAAUUGAAGGAAAGCAGACGAUCAAAAGAACUGAUUUUCAAUAG